UGCUGGGAAGCAAGCUUUUUGAAAAUGGCAACAUCUUUAGGAGCUAAUAUUUACAACAGACAAAAUUGGGAGGACGCGGUAUGUUUGAAAUUACAUUUUCAGUUAAUCUGAAUUAUUUUAAAGGAACGUGUUAUUCCGUGACAUUGAUUGUGUCAAUAAGCGGUGGUAGCGUUGUACUGGACAAGUAACUUAUUGUCAUGUGAGCUCGCCUAGCUAGCUAAUAGAUAUCUAGUUAGCUGGCAUGGAAUCGCCCAAUAAUAACAGUGCAAAUCAGAGAUGGUUUCUAGCUGGUUUACAAAGUCGUUAAGCUAGCAAAAUAAAACAAACAUUCACAGCUACAUAACUAGCUAAAAAUGUGUACAAAAAUAGGUUAUAGCUAACGUUAGCAAGUUUGCUAGCUGACGUUAAUUGUUUUGUUUGAUACUGUACUAAUCUUCCCUUCCACAUAGGAUUUUCCUAUUCUCUGCCAGACAUGUCUUGGAGAGAAUCCUUAUAUUCGAAUGGUAAGUUUAAUCAAUUGUCUUUGGGUUAAUGUUCUGUAGGAGCUAAUUGUUAACCAUAUUUUUGCUACAUUUCAUAUGGCCAUGUAACGUUAGCUGAAACCAUAUCUCUAUGGCUGAAACGUGUUAUUUUGAUUGGCAUGUUCUUCUAGUUAUAGUUAUAUAUAUAUAUAAAAAAAUCACCCUGUAUCACACUUUCUGUUUGAUAGACCAAGGAGAAAUAUGGCAAGGAGUGCAAGGUAAGAAAUUAAGUUAAUUAAUUCUUAGUUGGAUAAUCAGUCACUGUUUACUCAUAUAGUAGAGUUCUCAAAUUUAGGUUCUGAGGAGAUACUGGGUGUGCAAUCCAUUGUUCCAGCCCACACAUGAUUUUAAGAACUUACCUAAUCAAGGUCUUCAAUCAGGUCCACCACUAGCAGAUGUGUUUGUUAACUACUGCUAGGCUGGAAAGAAAGCCUGCACAUGCAUCAGCUGUCCAGCACUAGAGUUAGAGAACCUUAUUAGUACAGGGUAUGAAACUGUGCAAUCUUGACUCACACCCUGCUUCCGCUAUGUCCUGCUUAGAUAUGUGCCAGACCUUUCACAGUGUUCCGAUGGUGUCCUGGGACCCGCAUGCGAUUCAAAAAGACAGAGGUGUGCCAGACGUGCAGUAAGAUGAAGAAUGUCUGUCAGACGUGCCUACUGGAUCUAGAGUAUGGUGAGUCAACAAAGACAGUGUUUGGAACACUCAUCCUCUGGGCCAGGUUAUGCCUGUUACCAUCCAGAGAAUGAACACACACAGAGUUGUACGGGUAUAUGAGAGAGAUUGCACUUCAGACACGUUCAGAGUGGCUGUUGUCUAAAUGGGCGUUACUCCUUCAUCUAGGCUUGCCAAUACAGGUCAGAGACACUGGGCUGUCAAUCAAGGACGACGUGCCAAAAUCAGACGUGAACAAGGAAUACUACACUCAGAACAUGGAAAGAGAGGUGAUGUAUUUUUCCUUAUUUAAGAUAAAAGGUCAUUCCUACAUUAAGAUCCGAGUCCUGUGAGUAAACGUCUAAUGGUGUCGGUAAUGUUACCAGACAGAUCAACGUUUACAUUCUGUCAUAACUCCUCUUGCUUUGUAAAUAGCCUUACAGUAUGUUCAUGCCAAGAAGGUUCAGAUAGCACCCUUUGACGUUUCUCAUUUUCCCUUGGAAAGAUUCCAGACAAUGUUUACUCACUGAUUUUAUUAGUACCACCCAAAAAUAUCUGGUCUUUGGUCCUCUGGUCUGAGUUGUGUACCUUCAUUACAUUUACAUUUUAGUCAUUUAGCAGACGCUCUUAUCCAGAGCGACUUACAUGAGCAAUUAGGGUUAAUUGCCUUGCUCAAGGGCUCAUCAACAGAUUUUUCACCUAGUCGGCUCGGGGAUUAGAACCAGCGACCUUUCGGUUACUUGCACAACGCUCUUAACCACUAAGCUACCUGCCGCCCAUUCAUCUUUAUUUCAUUCUUCAUCCUGGUAAAUCUAACACCCUGGUUUUAAUUAGAGCCCGACGGAUAUAUAUUUUAGUUUCACUGAUAUUAUCAGCCGAUAUUGGCCUUUUACCAAUAGGAUGUUAAAAGGAAAUAUCAUGCUUAUCUGAAUACUUGUUGAAUAGGUAUCGACUUUAGCAGUGAGCACUGCCAAUGAUUCAUUUAUCAGUUUGAAUUGUAAGUAGAGGGCAGAGGUAAUCUCCUCACAAACAAUCUCUCGUAUAGUAGCGGCCAGCUCUUUCUAUUGUCUGGUACUGAGAGCCGCCGUUUUCCCACAGUUGAAUUGUGAACAGACAAAUUCUAGCUACUGGAGCGAAAUAAACCUGCUAGUUAUUUAUUGUCAUACAAUGAAUGUCCCACACCUUAAUAUGAUGUUUAGUAUAGACAAGUUUGAAGAAAGAAGUUAAUUAAUUCAUAGUAAUUUGCAAAAGAAAGCCAUGUGUUUUAAUGAAUCCCACCGGAAACAGAUCUGAACACUUGUGACCAUUCUUGAUGUGUCAUUACUGUCACAAUGUAAUAAGUCAACAUUUGAAACCUUUGUCUUCUACAUUUGCUCUUUUGGUUGACAAUUAAUGAGAACUCGGUGUGGAAAAAUCUCGCCUUUUCAUUUCCUCGGCAGAUGUAACGGUAAGUUGUCACCCCAAAAAUCAGAAUCGGUAUCAGACCCAAAAUACCCAUAUCGGUCGGGCUUUAGUUUUAAUGGAACCAAAAUGCACCCUCUUGACAGUAGCUCUUUCCUAACUGCAGAUAGGGAACUCUGAUGGUACCCGGCCAGUGGGUCUCCUGGGUAAGGUCCCCAGCUCUAGUGACAUGCUGCUGAAGCUAGCCCGCACCACGCCUUACUACAAGAGGAACAGACCACACAUCUGCUCCUUCUGGGUGAAGGGAGAAUGUAAGAGAGGAGAAGAGUGUCCGUACAGGUGAGCAACUGUCAACAUCAUGAAACCAAAGGUGCAAAGAGAGACUUGACACACGUGUUAAACAUCAGGCAAUUGUUGACUUAUGAGCCAAGGGAAAAGUAAAUGUAAUGUCUGAUUAUCUACUUUGUCCAAGAUAAGAAGAUUGUUGCCAUAUGUUUUGCUUUAACUCUCAUUAACUGUGAACUACUGAACUCCAGGCACGAGAAGCCAACUGAUCCUGACGAUCCCCUGGCAGACCAGAACAUUAAGGACCGUUACUAUGGUAUCAACGACCCUGUGGCUGACAAGCUGCUGAAGAGGGCCUCUACCAUGCCUAGACUGGAUGCUCCAGAGGACAAGUCCAUCACUACGCUUUAUGUGGGGGGACUUGGAGACUCCAUCACAGACUCAGAGCUCAGGUGAGUGCCCACUCGAAAUUAAUGUAGUACGUUUUACUCCAAAUGAAGCAUAUGGAAUGUAGUCACUUGUGCUUUGCUGAAUGUUAACGAUGGUUGGUUGCGGCAGUUGGGCUGUAACCGCGUGCCUCCCAACAGGAACCAUUUCUACCAGUUUGGGGAGAUCCGGACCACCACCAUCGUUCAGAGGCAGCAGUGUGCCUUCAUCCAGUUUGCCACCCGUCAGGCUGCAGAGUUGGCUGCUGAGAAGUCCUUCAACAAGCUCAUUAUCAACGGGCGCAGACUCAACGUCAAGUGGGGCAGGUAAAGUCCCACCCUCUGAUAUGACAACCUCAUACACUUACACCUGUGGUUUGUAAUACUAGUGACAGAUGGCUAUGCCAGCAGGUGCCCAUUCUUCUGUUGACUGAUUGCUCUGUUAUCAUAGAUAUUCCAAGCUGUGCAUUUGCAACCCAGUAUAAAUGCCCCCAGUGUGACAUGAAUGUAUUUGAUGAAUUGAUUGAUGUGUGGUCUAUCCCAGGUCCCAGGGAGCGCGGGGGAAGGAGGGAAGAGAGAGGGAAGGGGUGACUGAGAUGGGGAUGAAGCUGGAGCCGGUACCUGGACUGCCUGGAGGUGAGGGCAAUUCAUGACAUUUAUUUUAUAAAGCCCUUUUAACGUUAGUAGUUGUCACAAAGUGCUAUACAGAUACCAGGAAAAAAAAGCCUAAGACCCCAAAGAGCAAGCAAUGCAGAUGUAGAAGCACGGUCACGAGAGCUAUACUUUUAUCUUUUUAGCAGUAAAACUCUCACACAUUUUACCGAACACUUCCCAAUAAUGUGUUUGUCAAUACUGACCCUCUGUCUCUGUCCUGCAGCACUACCUCCACCCCCUGUGGACGAAGAUGCCCCUACAAACUAUUUCAACCUGGGCCCCAACUCAGACCCUCCUGUCAUGAACAUCAGUCUACCCCCACCCCCCGGUGUGGCUAUGCCCCCUCCUCCAGGUAAACAAGAGUCCCAUGAAUUCUUCUCUAACCUUUUCCCAUACUUUCCCCCCUGUAGAGGACCACAUUUGAAAUAAGUGUUUUGUGUUAUCCUGAGUCCUAAUGUACUCCGUCUAUCUGUAUACGACUCUUUGUUUAACCCCCAAAGCACCAGCAGCACUAAGGAUUUAUAACUUGUGGUGUUUCCGUCCCUACAGGCUUUGGGCCACCUAUGUUCCACUCCAUGGACCACAUGGGGAUGAGGCCUCCUGGCCAUGUUCACUACCCCUCCCAGGAUCCACAGCGCAUGGGUGCACACGCCAGUCGUCACGGAGGCUCCUAG